AAGAAGGGGAGGAAGGAAGAAAGAAAGGACGGACUUGCUCCGUUACCCGGGGAGACUUGCUUGACCUGAGAACCCACUAUCACACCACACAUCCACUGCCACACCCAUACCUACGCCGGGACGCGGAACCGCUUCUGCCCGCCCACACCGGAGAGGUUGCUUGCGAUUGGCCGGGCGGGCACACAGGCCCGCCUUGCGAAGGUGGCCGGGCAGCCUCCCCAUUUAAGCCUGGGUCGCCGCCUCCGUGAGGGGCCGCGGAGCCGAGCACGGGAAGUGGCGUCCAGUCGGUUCUUGGCAGGCGAGAGCCAGUGCGGGAGAACCCUCCCACGGCGAGGCCGAGCCCUGAGACUGGACUAGCACGGUCGUGAGUCUCUCAGGUCUCCGCAGCGAAGUGGCGCGGGGGGCGGGGACCGUGCCCGACCGUGCCAGCUCCCGCCCCGGAAGCGGAAGUGCAAGCACUGCGGGGUCCUGUCCAGUGUGAGCCCGACCCGAGCGCCAGUCGUUCCGCCCGCUGGUCGUCGCGCCAUCUGCCCUGCCGGUGUCCUGCUCGCCGUCCCCGCCAUGCUGUCUUUAGACUUUUUGGACGAUGUGCGGCGGAUGAACAAGCGGCAGCUCUAUUAUCAAGUCCUAAAUUUUGGAAUGAUUGUCUCAUCAGCACUAAUGAUCUGGAAGGGGUUAAUGGUAAUAACUGGAAGUGAAAGUCCAAUUGUAGUGGUGCUCAGUGGCAGCAUGGAACCUGCAUUUCAUAGAGGAGAUCUUCUGUUUCUAACAAAUCGAGUUGAAGAUCCCAUACGAGUGGGAGAAAUUGUUGUUUUUAGGAUAGAAGGAAGAGAGAUUCCUAUAGUUCACCGAGUCUUGAAGAUUCAUGAAAAGCAAAAUGGGCAUAUCAAGUUUUUGACCAAAGGAGAUAAUAAUGCGGUUGAUGACCGAGGCCUCUAUAAACAAGGACAACAUUGGCUAGAGAAAAAAGAUGUCGUGGGGAGAGCCAGGGGUAUGCAGUGCUCUUUUUGCUGGGUUUAUUCGUGCUGGUUCAUCGUGAGUAAGAAACCUGCCUUGCUGUUCCUGGGAAGAUGCCAUACUUUUCGUUACUGGAUGUUUGGAGUAGAUACUGGUCUGUGAUUGGUGGAAUGGAGGACACACGUGUUGGUGCUUCUUGGUAGCACUGGUUUGCAUUAGUUUAUGUUUCCACGCCAGAGUUUGUGUGGGCGGGUGCAUGUGCACCACAGAGUGCACUUGAGGGGACUUUCAGUCACAGGAUUUCAUAAUUGUCAUUGUCACACUUUCACAUUUUUGUACAUCAGUGAAUUUUUUAUAUUAAAAGGUUGAGCCAAAGCCCCCAGUGUUUGUAUUUUGAAGCCAAGCUUCACUUCUAAAGUGCCUACAGAGACUUGUAAAUGAAAAUGCAGCUCUGCAUGAGUUUGAAACCGUCAUACCUCCUUCUAAUAGGAAUCGCAUAUACUGAGGUGGUCGUAAGUCUUAACUUUUAAAAUUUUAAAUAAAAGACUUUGCACAUUGAA